CGUUCAACAACACUGCUGGGUUCGUCGUGUACAGUCGUGUAGAUCGCGUAUGAAUCGUAUAGGGAAGGUUUAUCCCUUAUCCUUGACUCCGCGAGUGUGUCGCGGCCAAGUUGUCUCCUGCUGUGAUCGUCACCACGCUCUCGUCAACUCUCGUGUGCCUUCGGACCGAUCAAAAGGAAGUCAUCCAGCCCGACCAAUCAGUCGCUGGAAUUAAUCGCGCCUCCGUCACGUAUCUCCGUCGCGCUCUAACCUCAAUUGUAUCUCUGCGUCCAUCACGCUUCCUCUUCUCUCGAACGCCCUGCCCCUCCAUCCUCUCGACGCGCUCCUCUCUUUCUCCUCCUCCUCCUCCUCCGUCGUCGCUGCCCUCUUCCUGUCGCGCGUACGUUCCGCGCCGUUUGUCUCUUCCUCUCCCGCCCUCUCUCUUUCUUUCUCUUUCUCCCUCCCUCCCUUCCAUUUAGAAUCGACUUAGUGCAAAUUUACGUGUGUGUACUACGGACAGCAUCGGACAUCCAGGAUGCAAGCCAUCAAGUGCGUGGUCGUCGGCGACGGUGCGGUAGGUAAAACAUGCUUAUUGAUAAGCUACACCACCAAUGCAUUUCCUGGGGAAUAUAUUCCAACGGUAUUCGACAACUAUUCUGCCAAUGUGAUGGUCGAUGGAAAGCCGAUUAAUCUUGGCCUGUGGGACACAGCGGGACAAGAGGAUUAUGACAGACUACGGCCGUUAUCUUAUCCACAAACUGAUGUCUUUCUCAUCUGCUUUUCGUUGGUGAAUCCAGCAAGUUUUGAAAAUGUGCGUGCCAAAUGGUAUCCGGAAGUACGUCAUCACUGUCCUGCUACUCCAAUUAUUCUAGUUGGCACUAAGCUAGAUCUGCGUGAAGACAAGGAGACCAUCGAGCGUUUGAAAGACAAAAAACUAGCUCCCAUUACUUAUCCUCAGGGUUUAGCAAUGGCAAAGGAGAUCGGUGCUGUAAAAUAUUUGGAAUGCUCCGCUUUGACACAAAAAGGCUUGAAGACUGUGUUUGACGAAGCGAUACGCGCUGUACUGUGCCCGGUUCUGCAAGUGAAGCCAAAGCGCAGAUGUUUCCUUCUAUAAUAUUAAAUAUAUCCCUCUUUGCACGUUGGUACUGGAAUGUGCUAAAAGUGUCUCAUCUCAUCUCCAGUGUACCAAGCACUAAUCGAAUCAAUCGGGUAAAUUAUCGACUAUUUGGAACCCCAGUUGUACCAGCCUAUGUCAGCUUAGAGGCUGCAACCAUCUACCAGCAUAAGCGCACAAAUGUCAGUUGGGUAUAAAUUUCCAGCGAGCAAAACAAAAGAGGGUUCACAAGGGAGAAUCGUGAAUUUGAGAUAUAAAUUCGUUUUUAUGUGGCCUCUACCACAUUUUAAAUGAAAAUAUAAAUUAAUUAUUGAAGUUUUCUGCUGUCUAUGCGAGCCAAACUUCCAGUCUAGACAGUUUAAUCACAUUAUAGGGCUAUAAAUGCAAAUUGACUGGAUGUUCUAAGCAAAAGGAGUGUAAAAGAAGCCAAAAUAACUGAACUAACUACUGUACAGUAUACUAGAAGUACGUUAUUAAUAUUACAAUUAAUUAAUAAUUAUAUAAUGAAUGGGUAAAAGAAAAAAAAGCAAAUAUUACUAUAUAAUUGUCCAAACAUUGACUGUAUACUGAUCAGUUUAAUCAAAGAGGAAAACCAUUUUAUGCUAUUCGCUAUUGUACAUUUUAGAUAGGACACGUAUAGUUAAUGUAUUUAAAAUGGAGGAAAAAAGAGAAAAAACAAUAGUUUUCCUUAUAUUAUAAAAAAU